AAAAGAAAACAACAGAUCUCACGCGCGGUCAAUUUAAAGACCUGACAAGAAAACGAGGGUAUAUUCGAGGAAGUGAUCUUUUGCAUCGGCACGGCGGGCUGGGAUGAAAGCUUGGCACCGUCAGUGGGUGUUUUCAUUGUUUGCACCGAGUAUUGCUACAGUUAACGGUAUACUAUCCGGGUCAAGCACCUUUAUGCCAUUCUGGCUACAUAGUUUUAACCGUUUCCAUUUCAAAGGAGAUCAAACAUUGGAAAGAGAUCUACCGAUUUGCCAAGGAUAUUAUACGCUUGGCUGGAUACCACGUUCGGGAUCAAAAGUGCUCAUCAAAGGGAGGGUCAUCAAACAAGGGGUAUUGUAACAUCUUAUGCCAAGCUAUCAAAACUAGGUCUCACAAUCUCGAGACAGGGAAAUAUUAGAAAGGGGAUAAUGAUUGUGUCUUUUGGUGUGGGCAAAAAUUAUAGAAA